UCUUCUAAUUGCUCGGCUGAUGGACUCGAAGCCACGUCAAUUCAUUGGGGGUUGAGCGGUAGUACAAGGGUAAAGUUCGAGUACUAGAUACUGGAGUCAUCAUGGGUGACAUAGAUACAAAUUGUAUGACCCUCACGCGGUUUGUUUUGAAUGAGCAGCGAAAGAUUCCCGGUGCCAGUGGAGAUCUCACUCAGUUGCUAAAUGCUAUCUGUUGUGCUAUCAAAGCAGUAUCUUCAGCAGUAAGAAAAGCCGGACUUGCUCAAUUAUAUGGUAUUGCAGGUGAUACAAAUGUAUCUGGAGAUCAACAGCAGAAACUAGAUGUGAUGGCAAAUGAACUGUUUGUUAACAUGCUGAAGUCAUCUUGCACAACAUGUCUUUUGGUAUCUGAAGAGGAUGAAACAGUCAUCGAAGUGGAAACUGAAAGACAAGGAAAAUAUAUGGUUUUCUUUGAUCCACUAGAUGGUUCAUCAAACAUAGAAUGUUUAGCUGCUAUUGGCUCUAUUUUUGGAAUUUCAAAGAAGGAGCAUGAUGGACCACCAACUGUAGAAGAUGCUCUCCAGCCAGGAAGAAAUUUUGUGGCAGCAGGGUAUGCUCUGUUUGGAAGUGCAACAAUGGUGGUGAUAACAACUGGGCAUGGAGUCAAUGGAUUUACUCUCGAUCCAUCCAUAGGUGAAUUUGUUCUCACAAAUCCUGACAUUAAAAUGAAGCCACGUGGCAAGCCUAUCUACAGCAUAAAUGAAGGAAAUGCAUGCUUGUUUGAUGAAAGAGUCACUAAAUACUUAGAAUCCAUUAAAUUUCCAAAGGAUGGUAAAUCUCCUUAUGCAGCCCGUUAUGUUGGUUCAAUGGUGUCAGACAUGCACAGGACAUUAGUGUAUGGAGGAAUUUUCAUGUACCCUGGAAAUAAGAAGAACCCCCGAGGAAAGCUGCGCCUCCUGUAUGAAUGUGCACCAAUGGCAUAUAUCAUCGAACAAGCUGGUGGAAUGGCCUCAGACGGCAAACAACCAGUCCUAGAUAUUAAACCAAAGGAACUGCAUGAGAGAUGCCCUAUAUUCAUUGGAUCAGCGGAAGAUGUGAAAGAUUUCCUCAAGUUUAACUUAGCAUAGUGCCCUAUUUCUUACAUUUUCUUUGAGAAAUAAAGAGUAACAUGAUCUGAAUACAGUUACUGUUAGUAUUACUUCAGAUGUUAUGUCACUAGUGUUCUUCUGUAGUGUUAGUAGUUAGGCAACAGACUAUUUUAAAAUAAUUUCUUACUAAGGAUGGCUGUUUCAAACUAUUGUUAAUAAGCAACUAGGGUGCAUUAUAUUUAAUAUUUAACAGUGCCAAUAGAAAAGAGCAUUUUUGCCACCAGCCAUGGCAACAGAAGGUUGUGUCAUUUGUUUGUAAAUAAAAGCCUACCUAGCAAAUAUG